UACAGUUCUUUUUCCCUUCGUUCUUAUAAUUUGCAGGUUGAGAAGAUUUUUGGCCCUGGAAAUCAAUAUGUCACAGCUGCAAAAAUGAUUCUCCAAAACAGUGAAGCCAUGAUUUCAAUUGACAUGCCCGCAGGCCCUUCAGAAGUGUUAGUCAUUGCUGACAGAAAUUCCAAUCCUGUUCAUGUAGCUUCGGAUUUGCUUUCUCAGGCCGAGCAUGGUCCUGACAGUCAGGUUGUUCUUGUUGUCUCUGGGGAUGGUGUCGAUUUAAAAGCUAUAGAGGAGGAAAUCAGCAAGCAGUGCCAAAGCCUUCCAAGGGGAGAGAUUGCUUUAAAAGCAUUGAGCCACAGUUACACUGUGUUAGCACGUGAUAUGUUUGAGGCAAUCUCUUUUUCAAACUUGUAUGCACCCGAGCAUCUGAUCAUUAAUGUGAAGGAUGCAGAAAAGUGGGAGAGUUUCAUUGAGAAUGCAGGCUCCGUAUUUUUAGGGCAGUGGACGCCCGAGAGCGUGGGAGAUUAUGCAAGUGGGACGAACCAUGUCCUUCCGACAUAUGGGUAUGCAAGGAUGUAUGGCGGGGUGUCUUUGGACUCCUUCCUCAAGUAUAUGACAGUACAAUCUUUGACAGAGGAAGGUCUGACGAAGCUUGGCCCAUAUGUGGCAGCAAUGGCUGAAGUUGAGGGAUUGGAAGCCCACAAAAGAGCUGUAACUCUUAGACUUCAGGAUAUUGAAGCUAGGCAGGUUUCCGGUAUGAGAUGAUGUGCCAUUUCUGAACAUUUCUGAACUAUUGUCGUUUUGGGGAUGUGACCUUUAUGGACUUCCCUCUAUCAAAUUCCUUGGCCACAUUGUUGCCACCCCUGGGGUGUUGGAUUGUUGCCAAGCAGGUUAACCAAUGGUUCUUUAAACAAAUAUCUGGUUAAGGCCAUAUGCAGUUUGAUCAAAUGUAGAGACAGCCUUGCAUUUCUUGGGGUCAUAUGUACUUUAAUGUGAUAUAUAUACAUAUUUUAUUUAAAAUUCAA